AUGCCAAAACUAUCAAAUGCGUGCAGUGUUACCUGCAAAGACUUCCCCAAGGAGAUUCCCCCGUACAGCGACAUAGGAGGCAUCGGUGUAACUUUGGCCUUCAUAGUCACAGCCUGGCUGGUAGUCGUCGUGCUCAUAGCGUACUAUCUCAAGGCCUUUGAUCCGGGAUUAGAUCCUUUUCGACAGGAAGACACGCAAACGCGAUGCAAACACCCGAACGCAGUCGACUACUCAAUCCACAAGAUACUGCGAAAUGUACCAGGUCUUGGCAAGAUCUUGAUAUCAGGUUCAGCGAGACCAUCAAGGCUCAAAGCUGUGUUGACCAAUGUAAGAGCGCAUAUCGCAUCCAAUCUUACUGAUCGCAGCAAUGCUAAGUCCCAUGUGCUGCAGUGCGUACUCAUGUUCGCAGACAUUCAGAUCUUUACUGCCUUGGCCAUACUUAUCGGCGCGUUCGCAUCUUUGGGCUGCGAUACAGUUGCCUAUCACUGGCAAUACAUGAUCUACCUUGCGUGGCUGGCUUCCGUCACACACCUAGCGAGCCUCUCAUUUCUUCGAAACCAUCUUGCCAGGAACCGAGUCAAAUGCAUCUGGCGUUUAAUAGCUAUGGCUAUCAUUCAGGUUCUUUUAUCUGCCGCGGUAGGGCUGUCAACAACAUUUGGCGGCGAUCCUUGGCUAGUUGGGGAGGGUGGCCGUCCAGCCAUCUGCUACUUCAAGGAAAGCCCAGAUACAAAGUCAGUCGCAUUUCAGUCGGCUAUCAAGAUGAUACUCCUUCUCACUUGGGGCCUAGUUAUCCGUAUUGCCAAGAUGUUGGAAGGUUUCGAGGGAGGCUUGCGUCGCAUCGCAUCUAAGCUGUACCAAAAGUCAAGAGAAUGGCAAUAUGGCACUGGUGGUACUACGGCAGACGAGCGGAGCCCUUGGUCUCCCGCCCUAGGCAGUCUUUUCAAGCCCAUUCUGAUCGCCUUGUUAGCAAUGUUAAGUAUUCAAAUCGACCUCUUCACAUCGUUUCUCGCCGAGCUGCUCUUCAGUAACAUAUGGAUAACCAUCAGAUUGAACGAGCUUCGAACAUCGAGUCCUCGAGACGAUAGUGAAUGGUCAUUCGGCCAGAUCCUCCCACUCAUUCUUCUUGUUGCACCCUUAGUAAUAGCCCUCGAGAACUUCUACACAAAGGCAAAGAACAUUAUCGUAGAAACAACCGGUGCUCCCCACCAGAAUGAGAUUACUAAUGGUCCCGACCAUAUCAGAGAGUUGCAACAUGUGGACACCAUAGCCUAUCGAGCUGCUCUCUUGCUAGCGUUGCUGUCUUACCUCGAGAUCGGUGUCUACUUCAUCUUUACACAACAAGCAUCUGAUGGCCUCAUCACCCCCAACACAAUGGGCACAAUCUCGAUAAGAAAGUUCAUCCGUUGGCUCCCCGAUGAACCCUCAGAGCCAACCUCGACUAUUGUUGUCACUUCCCCCAAACUCAAGCGCUUCGUCGAUCUACGCAUACUGCUCCCAGACAACGACAGUUCAUGGUCGGGCCAAGAUGGUACUCACUUGAUCCCCCUCAUCACUAAUCCAACUAACGCCCUAGAUCCCCUUCCUCUCUCUCAACUAGACUGGGCCAUAGCCGGCACAACAGUCUCUACCAAAAUCCCCGACCCAGACGACAACUUGACAUCCCACUCAACCUUCCACCAAUGGAUAUCCUCGCGUGAACUCGGCUCCGACGCAGGUUUCAUGUACCCGCGGCCAGACUCCCUCACCCUCGAGAAGGGCAGCAUGGUGAAUCCCGACACAGGCAUCGACACAGCGUAUGAAGAGCUCUGGCAUGACGCCACACCCACCGCUGUGCCUGGAGAUUCCCAGCUUAGGGCGCUUGUUCUGCAGACGGAGGACGACGAGAACGGCGUGAGAGGGUCGGUGGUGAAGCUGGGAUGCUAUGUACAGGGUUUGCUGAGGGUUGGGGAUGGUAUCACGUUGGAGAGGUGGGAGUGGAAGGAGGGUGGGUGGAAGAGGACCGUCAGAAUGGGAGAUGCAGAGUUGCCUUGUGAGAAAAUCGUGGGUGAAGAGGCGCUGAAAGAGGGGGAUGCUGUUGACAUCGCCGGGAGAGCAUGGAAGGUUAUCGAAGCAAGUGGUCACGGCGAGUCAAAUUCGUGA